AUGCGAUUAAUACUGCCUUCGGCCUUGAGCGUCGUCGCGUCGUGUAUCGGCAACGCCGCUGGAGACAGCUACGCAAACAAUCAGAAUGCAGUUGUCGUCGACUCGCCUCAGGUUUCCGCCAACUUUCCAGAUGUCGAAGGCGUUCAAUUGCUGUCGCCAGCUUUCCUAAGCAACGCCACACUUCCCUCGACUUGGGCGAAUGGCACGUCCGGCCCCACUCCACAAAGCACACUGGGUAUGUUAGAUUACCACCUCUGUAGUUUAACCAUGAUGACUGACUUGAGUCUCCAAGAGAGUUUUGUGAAAAGCAUAGCGAGUCGCAACGGCUGGAUCAAUUACCACGACGAACUCAACUCAGAAGAAGGUCGCUCGAUCCCGUACGUCACUUUAUCUAACGGCAAGCACAGCGACAAAAAACUCCGUCUCUGGCUCCAGGGUGGCCAACACGGCGACGAACCCGCUGGUGAUCAAGGAGCUUUGGCCCUUCUCGCAAAAUUUGCAAAUGAUGCACAAUGGGCUUCCAAAGUGCUCGAAAAGAUCGACCUACUGAUCCUACCGCGCUACAAUGCCGAUGGCGUGGAGUACUUCCAACGCCAACUCGCUUCGAACUAUGACCCAAACCGCGACCAUGCAGUCCUACUUCGUGAACAGACUCGUGCAAUCCGACAAGCUCAGUCAGACUUCGAUCCUCAUAUUUUCAUUGAUGCACAUGAAUAUACCGGUGUUGGCCCAGUAGCUCAGCGCUACAUCCGCGCUCAAGACCUGCUCGUGUCAGCAAACAAAAACCCCAAUGUAAACGCCAACAUUCGCACCCUCAACCAGGACUUUGUCGAAGACAUCUUUGUAGCAACAACGGCGAAGGGCUUGAGGGUUGGUCCGUACUUCACAACCAGCGUUGCGAACGGAACGAUCACAAUUCAGGAACCAGAUUGGCAUGCGCAGGCGAAUCACAAAGGCGCAGGAAACUACCAAGCUCUGACCUUCCUCGUUGAAACGCGUGGUAUCCGUCUUGCAGCCCAACACUUCCAGCGGCGCGUCGCAUCCCAAUUGAUCACAUUGACGACCAUCAUCGACAAAGCUGUGUCGGAAUUCGAAAGCGUAUACGCAACCAUCAAUUCCGGGCGCGAGGCAUUCACCGAGAGUAACGACGACUUAGUCGUCCUUGAUGAUUAUCAGAUCACUUCCAAACAGAUUCCCUUCUUCGAGAAAGACUCAGGAAAACUGGUAAACGUCACAGUGCGCUCGCAAAACUCCGACCCCACACGCAUCCUCCUAACCCGUCCGCGCCCACGCGCAUACAUCUUCUCCCGCGCCUUCGCUACUGUCGCGGAGCGCUUGCGCAUCCUCGGCGUAAACGUCACCCAGCUAUCUGCCGACUACAUCGGUACGGUGGAGGCGCUGGUCAUCGAGACGGCUGAGGUGGCGGAGGCUAAAUUCGAGGGCAUUGCGCAGACGAGCGUGACCACGAGGACGUCGACCAGGCAGGUGAAGAUUCCGAAAGGGGGGUUCUGGGUUGAUACGAGGCAGAAGAAUGCUGGGUAUGCGUUUGCGUUGCUCGAGCCUGAGGGGGUGGGCAGUGUGGUUAGAUAUAAUAUCGUGCCGGGGGAGGAGGGGGAUGAAUACCCCAUAUUCCGCGUCAUCUAG